GCCAACCUCUCCUUUUUUUCAGCUUUUUGUUGGAUAGGAAUAGUAUAAGAGAGUUGUUGAGGCGCAGGUUUGCUGUGGAUAUGAUACUUUCUUUCUAAUAGGACGGGGCAUGCUUGCUUGCUUGAUUGAUUUCUGUGAAUUCAUAAGGUUCUUGCCUUCCUGACAAUGUUUCCUUUCCUUGCCUUUACCUCAAAGAGCUGGAAGUAAGCCAGACGGCAUGUUGUUAAUGAAAGUAGUGCGUUACCAACCAGCAUCAACUACAGCCGCACUUCCUUUACCUGCCCAUUACUCUAGUGGAAUACACAAAUGGAAUUCAUGUGUUCGGUCCUUUGGAGUGCCCCAUUUGGUGGAACUUUUCUAUUUUUCUUGUUUGUUUUUUAAAGGAUGUUCCUGAAGUGGAUUCAUCUGAAAACAGUUGCAGUUGCAUAGUUGCGGCCUAUACAUGGCUGAAACCAACCUGUUUAAACAGCAAAGAUAGGUGGAAAGCGUUUGCUCAUGAUCCUGGUUGAUGAUGCUGGUAGUGUUUUUCCUGCAAUCAACCAUUCACCAUGGAAUGGGUUGACACUCGCGGAUUUCGUUAUGCCCUUCUUCUUAUUUAUAGUUGGUGUUGCUCUUGGACUAGCAUACAAGAGAGUGCCAAAUAGAGUUGUUGCAACAAGAAAGGCUAUACUCCGGGCUCUGAAGUUGUGCCUUUUAGGCCUUGUUCUCCAAGGUGGUUACUUCCACGGUAUUCACAAUUUGACUUAUGGAGUGGACAUUGCAUAUAUUCGGUGGAUGGGUAUACUACAGAGAAUUGCAUUAGCCUAUUUAUUGGCGGCAGUAUCUGAGAUAUGGCUCAGAAGUGAUGAUGCAGUUGAUUCCGGAUAUUCCCUGCUGACAAGAUACCGCUUUCAGCUGUUGGUAGGCUUGGCUCUCACAAUCUUCUACACAAUCCUCUUGUAUGGUCUGUAUGUCCCUGAUUGGGAGUACCAGAUCCAGGGGGAGAGUUCUGCUCUAAAAACUUUUUCAGUUAAAUGUGGAGUUAGAGGUGAUACAGGACCUGGUUGCAAUGCUGUUGGCAUGAUUGAUCGCAAGAUUAUGGGCAUUCAACACUUGUACAGACGGCCGGUAUACGAACGGACGCAGGAGUGUAGCAUAAACUCCCCGGAAAAUGGUCCACUUCCACCUGAUGCUCCCUCAUGGUGUCAAGCCCCUUUUGAUCCUGAAGGACUCCUAAGUUCUGUGAUGGCUAUUGUUACUUGCCUGAUAGGGUUGCAGUUUGGUCACGUUAUUGUGCAUUUCAAGGACCAUUGGGAUAGAAUCUUUCACUGGCUGAUUUCUUCAUUCAGUCUGUUAGCUUUGGCCUUUGCACUUGAUUUUUUUGGAGUACAUAUGAAUAAGCCCCUAUACUCACUAAGCUACACCUGUGUGACUGCUGGUGUAGCUGGGCUUCUUUUUGCAGGAAUUUAUCUUCUGGUGGAUGUUUAUGGUUUCAGACGACCAACCUAUGUAAUGGAAUGGAUGGGAAUGCAUGCUCUUAGUAUAUAUAUCCUAAUAGCCUGCAAUAUAUUGCCAAUACUUAUCCAAGGUUUCUACUAUAAAGAUCCUCAAAACAAUCUUCUUGCAGCCAUUGGGAUUGCAUCUUAAGAAUUUGAAGUAGCAGGAACAUCCAGCUGAUGAUCACAAUUUAUCUACAGCCUUCAAUUUCAUGAGGAAUUGGGAUUCUUGGGAGGCUGGAGACCCUGUGCUUCAUUUUUGUACAUGCCCAGGGCAGUGGAAGUUUACGUUGCUUCUUUUGCUGCUUGUAUCUUAUGCAAGCUUGUAAUAGUUACUAUAAACCCAUGUAAAGAAUGGCACAUGCAGAUAGGAUGUGCCUAAAUGCAGCCCAUUUCCACUAUCUUCAUAUCUAUAAAAUAUCCACCUAGCAAUUUAAUGCACAUCUGUAAAAUAUCAGAAGCUCUUGGCUUCCCACUUAUGCCACCUAUGAAAUUAAUGCAUAUUCUCAA